GUCCUGGUAGCCGAGGGCAGGUCGUCAAUGUGAGUGAUGGGAUAGUGUGGGAAGGGGUAGCUUCCAGGCCCCUCUGGAUAUCCUGCCCUCUGUGGAUGUAUAAGGUAGCUCCUGAGGGCAGAGGCAGAGCCAGUCAAGUUGGCAGCCCUGGUUCGUUAUCCAGAUAGAACCCCAUGCAGGAGGAAAAUAGGUGACUGUGUGGGAAACCUUGCACCUUGCAGGUUUUUCGGCCAGGGAAAGGGGUUUUGUGGUACUGCUCCCCAAGGGCCAUGCAGACAGGCUGGCUUUGUCUCCCAGCCUGCUUUGGUUGAAACCUUGGGCUUUGCCUGGGCUUGUCUGGCCUAAAGUGGCUGACACACCUCUGCAUCUGCUCCCCUUGCUCCGUCCAGAAGAGAGUAGCCAGCCUUGACUUCCCCAAUGAACAAGGAGUUGGGAUUGAGUCAGAGAUCAAUGUUCUGGGUUGUAGGGCCACAGAAUCUGCCCUCACUGACCAAGGAGUUUUCUCCUUGGGUGGGUGGGAUACUCCAUCUCCAGACUUGCUCCAUGAGCAGUGUUUUCUGCCUGGGUUCCAUGCUUUCUUUCUAUUCCUGAGUUCAGCCUCAUGCCUCCCAAUGGGCCUGUAUGUUCCAGACGUUAUCAGCUUUCCUGCUUUGGAGUGGGGGCUGGGCUUUGAGCAGUGAACAAAACUAGCUCCCUGCCCAUCUGCUAGUCUUUUGCUGGCUGCCCAGCCUGAAAGGCAGUGACUAGGGCUGUCAGGGAGGGGGACACAUUCCCCAGAGGCUCCUAGAGACAUACAGCCUUUCAGGGCUAGGGGUGGGAACCUCAUUAGAAUGAGAAUCAGGUCUUUUCUGUCUCUGUGGGUUGGUCUGAACACCGGCUCCACUAGCCCUGGCUGUGGUGGAUGGCGGACCUGCAGAGAAGCUCUGCAUGCUUCUUGCUGCCCCCUCCCCACCUUUCUGCAUAGGGUGGCCUUUCCUAAUAACCCUCCCUUGGGUGCGGACUCCCUUGGUUUCCCUGGCUCGGAACACCCUUGUUACCAGCUGCAUGGUGGCCCCACAGCACUGCAUCUUGCCCCUGACAGCUCUGCGUUCAUCCACCAUGCCUGAUUCCAGUUCCCAUCUCCCAGGACCCCCAGCUGGGCUAGGCCCCCUCCUUUCAGUUUUGCUGCUGCUGCUGCUGUUACUACCACCAGUGGUCCAGGCUCCCAGAACAAUUGCCCAGGAGGUGCCAGAUACACUUAGUCCACCUGGGUGCUCAAGUGGCAGCUGCUAUCCACCCACUGGCAACCUGAUUGUUGGUCGUGGCCAGAGCCUUUGUACCUCAUCAACCUGUGGACUCAAUGGCCCUGAGCCCUACUGCAUUGUCAGCCACCUGCAGGUUGGGAGGAGGGACUCUGAAAAUUGCUUCUUUUGUGACUCUCGGGACCGGGGUGGCCAUGGUAUUGAGAAUGUGAUCUCCCGGAGUGAUCCCAAAGGCAACAAGACCUGGUGGCAAGCUGCAAGUGGUGUUGAGAACGUCACCAUCCAGCUAGACCUUGAGGGUGCAUUCUACUUUACCCACCUCAUCAUGACUUUCAAGACUUUUCGCCCAGCGGCUCUGAUCCUUGAGCGUUCAGUGGACCAUGGCCAGUCCUGGCACGUGUAUCGAUACUUUGCCCACAACUGCUCAGGCGUCUUUCCUGGGAUCCCUCCGGCCCCAGGCCACAGUGUCAGUGACCUCGUCUGUGAUCAGCGUUACUCAGACAUUGAGCCUCCCACUGAGGGCAAGGUAAUUUUCAAAGUUCUGGACCCAGCCAUUCUGGUGGAGAACCCACACAACCCCAAGACUCAGGAGCUCCUGCAUGUGACUAACCUCCGUGUGAACUUCUCCAAACUGCACACACUGGGUGACAGGCCCCCGGGGGACCUCAAGGGACACCCUUUCUACUACUAUGCCCUCUAUGAGCUCGUGGCCAGAGGCAGCUGCCUGUGCCAUGGCCAUGCCUCUGAGUGCAGGCCUGCACCUGGGGCUCCAGCCAACGUGGAAGGCAUGGUGCAUGGCCUUUGUGUCUGCCGCCAUCACACAGCUGGUACCCACUGUGAGCGCUGCCAGGACCUGUACCAGGACCACCCAUGGCAUGCAGCAGAGCCUGGGCACCCCCAUGCCUGCCAGGAAUGCAAGUGCCAUGGGCAUGCCCGCAGUUGUCACUUUGACAUGGCCCUGUAUUUGGCAUCCGGCAAUAUGAGUGGAGGUGUGUGUGACGCGUGUCAGCACAACACAGCUGGGCGCCACUGUGAGCUCUGCCAGCCUUUCUUCCAUCGAGAUCCCCAAGAAGAUCUCCGUUCCCUUCGCUCCUGCAAACCCUGUGACUGUGACCCUGUGGGUGCCCUGGAAGGGGGUUUGUGUGAUGCCCACACAGAUGAGACCCAUGGCCUCCUCUCUGGGCAGUGUCGCUGCAAAGUAAACGUCUGGGGCAAGCGCUGUGACUCCUGCCGGCCCGGUCACUAUGGCCUGAGCCUUACCCAGUCAGAGGGCUGCCAGCCCUGCAGGUGUGACCCCCGGGGCCGAGUCCCUGGCACUCAUGCCUGUGAUCCCUCUAGUGGUGCCUGUCACUGCAAACGCUUUGUCUCUGGGCGGGACUGCAGUCGUUGUCUGCCCGAGUUCUGGGGUCUGAGCAGUGACUCUCUAGGUUGCCGGCCCUGUGACUGCGACUUUGGGGGUGCCUACAGCAACAGGUGUUCUUCAGGGGAGGGCCGCUGUCUGUGCCGUCCCCAUCUCCGUGGCCGUCGCUGCCACGAACUCCAAUCUGGGUACUUCUGCGCUGCCCUCAACCAGGCCACUGCUGAAGCCGAGCUUGGCCAGAGCCUCGAGCCAGCUGACCCUCGGCUGCCUGGAGACCCCAGGCCUGUUCCUCCCCACUGUACACAAGCCCCAGGCACCUCCCCUCAUUGGCUCCGGCCCCGACUUCGGAGACAGCGUGACCCUCGAUGUGCCCUCCACCCUGCCAGGCGAGCCGGCUACAGCCUCCGGCUGCCCAAAGCUAGGAAUCUGAGGAGCAGGGUCCCAGAGGUGCCCGACGCCCUGCACCUGGGAACUGGCUCCCCACUGGGGACUGGCCUGGACUUUGCACGUGUGCUCGAUGGGGCGGGCCUCUCUCUGCUGGCUCCCACCGUGCCUCGUGCCCUGGAGUAUGACAUUGUCCUGCACUAUGAGACCCAGGCACCUGAAGACUGGCAGGCAUUGGUCAGUGUCCGUGCCCAAUCUCUGCCCAGCAGCACUCGCUGUGCCCACCCCCUGCCCUCAGAGCAGCUGUUCCAGGCCGCCUUGACCCACGCACACAGAGCUGUGGUCCUAUCCAGACCUUUCUGCUUUGAACCAGGAACACGCUACUCUGUGACCCUGCGGCUGUGGCGGACCAAAGGGGUGCGGAGGCCUGAGGGAGGCAUCAUCCUUCUGGAUUCGAUUGUGCUUCUGCCACGGGUGAAGGAGUUGCCUGGGCUAAGAUCGGUGGACCCCGGGGCCACAGGGCGCUUACAGGAGCUGCACAAAGCGGGCUGCAUGGAGGCUGCAAGGACAGGCCUCCCCAGCACCAUGCCUGAGGCCUGUGCCCGCCUCGCCUGCAGCAUCUCGGCCCUGCUCCAUGGGGGUGGCCUCCCAUGUGAGUGCCACCCCCAGGGUUCACUGAGUACUGAGUGUGCCCUGCUGGGUGGGCAGUGCCCCUGCCGUCCUAACAUCAUUGGCCGUACCUGUGACCGCUGUGUGCCUGGAACAUAUGGCUUCGGUCCCACUGGCUGCAGUGAGUGCCGCUGCCACUCCGAGGGUGCCACCAGUGCGGUCUGUAACCCUAUGAGCGGGCAGUGCAUGUGCCGGGCAGGCCUUGCUGGCCGCCGCUGUGACCACUGCCUCCCUGGCCGGUGGGGCUUUCCACACUGCCAGCCCUGUGCCUGCAAUGGGCAUGCUGAGUUGUGCCACCCACUUACAGGCGUCUGCCAGGCCUGCAACGGAGCCACGGCAGGCCGGCACUGUGAGAAGUGCAUGGACGGCUACUAUGGAGACCCCACCCUGGGCUCAGGCCAGCAGUGCCGGCCCUGCCUCUGUCCUGGGCACCCUGGCUCUGGCUUCUAUCAUGGGACUUCCUGCCAUGUGGACAGCGCGAGUGGACGUGUCCUGUGCCUGUGCGCACCUGGCUAUGCAGGGCCCCGCUGUGACCGCUGUUCCUCUGGCUACUUUGGGCGCCCUUGGCCAGGAGAAGACCCCAGGAGGAGUUCCUGCCGGCCCUGCCAAUGCAACAACAAUAUUGAUCCCCGUGAUCCUGCUGCCUGCGACCCCCACAGUGGGCACUGCCAGCGUUGUCUGCACUACAGCCAUGGCCCUGGCUGUGCCCACUGCAGGCCUGGCUUCCAUGGCAGUGCCCUGCGCCCAGGGGGCUGCAGGCGCUGCAGCUGUGACUCCCGGGGCACUAUCCCUGUGAGGUGCCCACCUGGGGCUGAAGCCUGCUUCUGCAACCAGGUCAGCGGGCAGUGCCCCUGCCGCCCCCACACACUGGGGCGGGACUGUAGCCGUUGUGCCCCCCUCUUCUGGAACCUGGGGGGGCCUCGGGGCUGCGAGCCCUGCAGCUGCCAUGCCCAGCACGCUUUGCAGCCAGUGUGCCAUCCAGUCACUGGUCAAUGUCCCUGCCGGGCAGGAUUUGGGGGCCGCACAUGCUCCCGGUGUCAGGAUGGGUACUGGGGUGAUCCGGAGCAGGAGUGCAGAGCGUGUGCCUGUGACCCACAGGGCUCCAUCUCGCCCAGCUGUGACCCACACACCGGUGCCUGCCUCUGCAGAGAGGGUAUCUCAGGGCCGAGGUGCCAGGCAUGUGCCCGUGGCUCCAGAGGUGGCUUCCCACACUGCAUGUCCUGCCCUACCUGUUUCACCUCCUGGGACCAACGCCUGGCUGUGCUCCAGCUGCAGCUGGAAGCUGUGGCCCAGGAGGUGGCUGCCCUACGUCAGGGGAUGCCUGGCUGGUGUUCUAAGGGCAAGGGUAGACACCAGCAGGCCCUGGAGGGGGUACUCCAGAAGGCACAGAUGCUCUUGGAAUCUCCUUCACCCACUGUGGGGACCCUUCAGCAACUUACAGAGUGGACAGCUGGACUCAGAAUGGAAAUGGCUGCACUGGCCCAGACACUGUGGACCCCAGGACAGGUUGUGGCAGAAAGUGAGCCACGGGUUAGGAGGCAGUGUGAACGCCUGGAAGAAUUAUCCCGGGAGCUAGACUGUGUCAAGGGCUUGGUCUGGUCCAAGAGGACCACAAGAGUCCAAGAUGCUGAGGCCCAGGUCUCCUCAGCUGCCCUACUUUCCCAGGAGGCCAUGCUUGGGGCCCAGAUCGUGGCCACACUUGGAGGACCAAACAGCGUCCUGGGACAGGCCCGAGAGGCCCAGCGAUGGACAGAGCAGCUUCUAUGGGAGACAGGCCAGCCUACAGGGACAGCUGUGUGGGAGCUGAAACUGAAGGGGCUGGUCAACAGGGUCCAGAUGCUGCAUCCACAGCUUCUGAGACUCCUAGUCAGAGCUGGAGUGGAAUGCAGGGGUCAGGGCCCUGGGCUGGCCUGUGUUCCUGUACUCUGUGAUGUUUCCCCUUGCCCUGGGACUCUGCCUACUGCCCACUGGGCUCUGGUUGUCUCCCGCAAUACCUCCUAUAGCCUGGACAUAGCAAUCACGGCCUUGGAGCAGCACCAGCAACUGCUGCAGCAAAUCCAGGCUACAGCAAGCUCCACGGGGAUCCAGGCCCGGGAGACAUGGCAUCGUGCAAGGGGGCCCUGGGGUGCAGCCACCAUGGCCCCUGUGCAAGCUACUGUGCAUAUGAUCCAGCGUUUCCUCUUGGAUGAAGGUGCAGAUGCUAUGAGUGUGGAGCUGGUGGCAUGGCGUGGGCUGGCAGUGCCCCUCCCCCAGGGUGGCGCAGCAGGCAUUGCUCUCCUCCUGGAUCAGAUCCAGAGUGCCCUCCCUGCACCAGACACUGGAGUCCAGAAGCUGCCCAAAGCUGAAGGUGUCCUCCAUCGGGCACAGCAGACCAGGGAAGGGACAGCCAGGGCCCAGGACCAAGCACUGGAUGUUCAGGGGGUGCUGGCUGAGGCGGGAACUCACACAAGGGCAGCAGAGCAAGGGCUGCAGGCAGCAAAACAGACACUUGGAGGCCUGGAGGCCAGUGUACAGGAGGUGGCAGGGCGCCUGACCCAGGUGACACUGGCAGUGGAUGUGACCCCGGACCUGGGGCUUCUGUCCAGUGCAGCUGUGGCUCUCAGGACCCGCUUGGCCCUGAGUCAGAGGCAGGCCCAGGAGGCAGAAGAGCGGGCAGCACAUGCGAUGGGCUUGGCUGAGGGCCUGGGCAAGGUGAGAUGGGAGCAGUGGACAUUGGGGUGUCAGGGACCCCUCUGGGACAGUGUGAAGUGGGGUUUAGGCUGGACUGGGCUAUGCUGGGCUGAGGUAGGGUCUCAGUUCUAAAACCCCUUGUCCCCCAGGAACCUUGGGCAGCAAUGAGUUUUGGUCUAGGUGGGGUGGGGUUUCAGGUCCAGUCCUGCUCCAGGAGUUGCAGGUGGCCCGGUUAGGUGUGGCAGAGUUGCAGGAGGGCACAUAUAGCCUGAUGGCCACAGUGCAGGACGCAGGAGAGAGGGUACAGCGGACUCGAGCCGAGGCCCAAGAGCUGCUGAAGUGGGUGCAGGACAGCUGGAGCCGCCUGGAGGGGCUGGAGCGCCGCCUGGUGCAGAGUGAGCAGACACUAGGGAAGAAGGUGGCCACCCUGUGGGCCCUGGAGAAGCAUGCAGCAGAGCUGCUUCAGCACCUGCAGCUGUGGGCCAGUGCCUAUGCCACCUGCUGAUUGCUGCCUGUGGAUACCGAAAAGAGGGACUUGGACUGCCUGGGUGACUCAGAGUGAUCCCAGGAAUCUCCUGACCUCAAGAGACCACAGACACUGCUUUGUGCCUGCUGACCCUGAAUGACCCUCAUGUGUCCUCCAGUGGCCCUCUGACCUUGAGAAACCAGAGAUAUCAUGUAAAAUUCCCUGAGGCCAUCUACUGCCCCUGACCCUGAUAGAUCCUUAUCUCUGAGUGAUGUAAAAUUUGGAGUCACCUUUAGUAUCCCUGAGCCCCCCAGGUUGACUAUGAGACCCCCAGGGUGACUGGAGAUCCCUACUCCAGAUAAUUGGAGCGAAGUCCAGCAGAUCAAUGUACCUCCCCGGCCCAGAAUCGCUUUGGGAAGCCUAGUGAUUCCCCUGAAGAACCCAGCUUUCUUCUCUGGGCCCACAGCUCCAGGUACUCUCCGCAGGGCCCCUCAGAGUAAGC